AUGGCAUUGAUGAAGGAUGAGGUGGACAUCGUGAUCCCGACGAUACGGACCUUGGAUUUCCUGGAGUCAUGGCGGCCCUUCUUCCAGCCGUACCACCUCAUCAUCGUUCAGGACGGGGACCCGAGCAAGACGAUCAAGGUGCCGGAGGGGUUCGACUACGAUCUCUACAACCGGGACGACAUCAACCGCAUCCUCGGCCCCAAGGCCUCCUGCAUCUCCUACAAGGAGUCCGCCUGCCGCUGCUUCGGCUUCUUGAUCUCCAAGAAGAAGUACAUCUACACCAUCGACGACGACUGCUUCGUUGCUAAGGAUCCCUCCGGGAAGGAGAUCGACGCGGUGGAACAGCACAUCCAGAAUCUCAUCACCCCAUCCACUCCCUUCUUCUUCAACACCCUAUACGACCCCUACCGCGAAGGAGCAGACUUCGUUCGUGGGUACCCUUUCAGCAUGCGCAGUGGUGUUCCGACGGCGGUUUCGCAUGGCCUGUGGCUCAACAUUCCCGACUACGACGCUCCCACGCAGCUCGUCAAGCCUCGUGAGAGGAGCACCAGGUACGUGGAUGCGGUGAUCACGAUUCCCAAGGGGACGUUGUACCCCAUGUGCGGCAUGAACCUGGCGUUCGACCGUGAACUCAUCGGCGCUGCGAUGUACUUUGGACUUUUGGGUGACGGCCAGCCCUUCAAGCGUUACGACGACAUGUUGGCUGGAUGGUUGAGCAAGGUAGUGUGCGAUCACUUGGGAUUGGGGGUCAAGACGGGACUGCCCUACAUCUGGCACAGUAAGGCCAGCGACCCAUUCGUGAACCUGAAAAAGGAGUUCAACGGCCUCUUCUGGCAAGAGGAGCUCAUUCCCUUCUUCCAGUCGGUGGUCCUUCCCAAGGAGUGCACCACAGCACAGCAGUGCUACCUUGAACUGGCCAAGCUCGUCAAGGAAAACCUCGCCAGCAUCGACCCUUACUUCAUCAGGCUUGCAGACGCGAUGGUCACAUGGAUCGAGGCUUGGGACGAGUUCAACCCCCCGAAACCAGCUGCCUAA